CAACCACCAAAUAUGUUAUCACGAACCUUUUUGCCUCAGUAGGAAACUAAUUCUCGGCGGAGACAACGAGUACUUAGAUUGACGUACUUCAGAUGAAGAAUUUCUGGAAUACAAUUGAGACAUUGUACGUCAUUUCGAACGUCUUUGAAUCUGAGCGGUACGUAUAUGAGGCUUGACACAAAGCCAUUGUAAAAAUGGGAGGACUUUUGGGUUCGCCAAAGACCGAUAAGUAUAAUGAAACUGGGUGUGGCAAUGGAUUACGAUACGGUAUAUCAAGCAUGCAAGGCUGGCGUCUUUCAAUGGAGGAUGCACAUUGUGCCAUAACACAACUCCCAGGAAAUCUGAAAGAUUGGUCAUUUUUUGCAGUUUUUGAUGGUCACGCGGGUGCUUUAGUGUCAGAGCUAUGUGCUACUGAGCUCUUAAAGUGCAUCGUUGAUACUGAAGAGUUCAAAAAAAUUAAUCCUGACCUCGCACCCAGUUUACAAGAGGUGGAGCGUGGCAUUCGAGAUGGUUUCUUAUCGUUAGAUGAUCGUCUUCGCCAUCUUCCUCAACUUGCCAGUGGAGAAGAUAGAUCAGGGUCUACUGCUGUCUGCGUACUUAUUACACCUAAACAUAUUUUCUUUGCCAACUGCGGAGAUUCCCGUGCAAUACUUAUUCGGAAAGGUAAAGUGGCCUUCGCUACAGUGGAUCACAAGCCUGUAAAUCCAAAUGAAAGACAGCGUAUACAAAAUGCUGGUGGGUCAGUUAUCAUACAACGAGUGAACGGUUCUCUUGCAGUGUCAAGAUCAUUAGGGGAUUAUGCAUUUAAGGCAGCAAAAGAUUUAGGUCCUACAGAACAGUUGAUAUCUCCAGAGCCUGAAAUCACUGUUGUCGAUCGUGAUAAGGAUUUAGAUGAGAUUAUUGUCUUGGCAUGUGAUGGUAUUUGGGAUGUGUUAACCAAUGAAGAACUUUGUUCAUUAUUACAAGAUCGUAUGCGAUGUGUUGAAGAUUUGUCAAUGAUAUGUAAUGAAACUAUUGAUAUGUGUUUGUAUAAAGGUAGUUCUGAUAACAUGAGUAUGGUCUUAGUUGCAUUCGAUCCUGCACCUCGAGUGAAUCCCUAUUCGAAACUAGAAGAUGAAAAUAUGGAAUCUGUUUUAUUACGGUGUACCAAAGAAUUUCUUGAAAACCAUGACAAAGAAGAGGUCACAACUGAAAUGGUAAUACAGCAUUUAUAUGAAACUGCUUGCACUAUGAUAAACUCUGAAAACUGGCUUUGCAAGAUUGGAAAAAUCCAAGAGUUGAUUGAUUCUCACCGAUUGGCAAAUUCAAAUAAAGGAGCAGAAGCCCGAUAAUUCCCUGUUUGAUUAUCAUCCUGUUUUAUUUCUUGUUGUCUUUGUCUGUUUGUCUUCCUUUUUUUUUUCUAUCUUUCACCCUUUCACUCACUUGGCUAUUUAUUUCAAAAUAAAAUCUUAUUUUGUCUUUUGUACGCAUGUGACAGUGAAGACAAUUCAAUCUCCAAUGUCUUCUUCUUAUUCAAUUUAUUAGUCUAGAAUGCCAGUUAUAGUGGAUUGGUUGACUGAAGAGUAUUCAUCUUGCUGUUUAUUGACAAAUAUGCAUACAUAUGUAUACAUAUUUUGUGCUAAGAUCCUAUAUAGAUCGCAGACAGUUAGUGAAUGUAUACACGUUGUUUUUGUAUAAUUUCGUCUAUAUGUUCAACAGUGUAUUGUUACUUCUUGCUUGAAAUAUAAAUUGCUCCCUUAUCAUUUCCUUUUCCCUCUUCCCCCUGUUUCUAUCAUCCUUCUAUCAUCUUUAUCUUUGUGUUCAUUUGUUCGAUUUUGUAAGAUAUUUCAUUGGUUUUUUUUCUGUAUUGGGAAUCAUUAUCAUUCUUCAACUAACUAUGACUCUCUUGCAACAAUAUAUGAAAAGUGAGAUCGAUAAGUGCAUUUAUCCAUUGAGUGUGUGUGUUGGUUAAAAGGUUGUUGUCGCCGUCAUCAUUUUCGUCGUUUCCAUCCUCCUCCCCAAUCAUCAUUGUUGUUGCUUUUGUGCUAUUUUCUUCUUUGAAAUGUUGAAGAAAUGUGUAUUUGUUGACAGGUUUACUUUAUUGAUUUUGUUGUAUCACUUUUAAACUCUUCCCCUUAAAAUUUGACAACAACUUGAUGUUAUGCUGACGAUAGCUAUUGGUAAUCCGGUGUAAAUGUUUUGCUUCCUUACUCACUCAUGUUAUAUCUGUAUAGAUAGACACUCACAGACAAUAACCACCAUCAUUUUGAAACUGAGAAUGUAAAGAAAAUGGAUCAAGUUUAUCCUGAACACUGCCAUUUUGGACGUCAUCAACCAACUAUAUAUAUAUAUUAUAUAUAUAUAUAUAUAUAUAUAUAUAUAUAUAUAUAUAUAUAUACGGUAUCCAUUGAAGUUUAUCAGUGUUUAUGUUGUUGUUAUUAUUAUCAAUUGAAAUUAGAUUUAUUUGCCAAUUUGGUGUUUUUGUAUUUGUAUUUGAGGAUUUUCGGUUGAAUUUACCGUGAAAAACGAACUAUGCUUUUUUUCUUCUAGUUACAAUCCUCAUCAUUCACCAUGCUAUACUUUUACUAUUAUUGGUCAUUAUACAAGUAAUCUGAGAUAUUUAU